GGAAAUAGCCCUUAUCAGCAGGGUUCCAGUGCGCCGCCGAAUCUCGCAGCUCGCUGAGCUGCCUUUGUGCCAGCGAGAUAAAGUGGGAGGAGCUGCCUUCCUGUAAUUGUGUCGUUUCACAAGUUGGAUAUUCCGAUUCCAGCUCUCAGUGUGCCGCUGUAAGGACUCGGAGCGGCCGCCUUGCUGCUCCCAGCUUCUUUAACGCAUUCUUCUGCUGUUCAUUUCUGACUUUCGGUAUUAUUGCUGCCACUUCUCCAAGAUGACAGGGCAGUCGGCUGCAUACCUGAGUCAGCUGGUAGCUGACCAGCUUCCCUGGGUAACACUGAUAAUGCAAGUUUGCUUUGCCUGAAGAUGGAAACACUUGAAUCGGAAUUAACCUGCCCAAUCUGUCUGGAGUUAUUUGAAGAUCCUCUGCUGUUGCCCUGUGCCCACAGUCUAUGCUUCAACUGCGCCCACCGAAUCCUCGUCUCUCAUUGCACCACCAACGAGACCAUCAAAUCAAUUGCUGCCUUCCAGUGUCCAACUUGCCGUUAUGUUAUAUCUCUGAACCACCGCGGCUUGGAAGGGUUGAAGCGGAAUAUAACUCUGCAGAACAUUAUCGAUCGCUUUCAGAAAGCUUCGCUGAGUGGGCCCAACUCCCCCAGUGAAUGCCGCCGUGAACGGCCCUACAAGGAUCCCGUCACCAUGUCCUCCGAGAGGGUCCAGUGCCAAUUCUGUGAGCAAGAGCCACCGAGGGAUGCGGUCAAGACGUGCGUGACUUGCGAGGUCUCCUACUGUGACCGGUGCCUCAGGGCCACCCACCCUAACAAAAAACCAUUCACCGGCCACCGGCUGAUUGAGCCAACUCCGGACUCUCACCUGCGUGGCCUAAUGUGUAUGGAGCAUGAAGAUGAAAAGGUGAAUAUGUACUGUGUCACGGACGAUCAGCUGAUCUGUGCCUUAUGCAAACUUGUAGGACGUCAUCGGGAGCAUCAGGUUUCCUCACUGAGUGAUAGAUAUGACAAGCUUAAGCAAACAUUGGAGGCUAACCUUACGAAUCUUGUGAAGAGGAACUCUGAGCUGGAGUCACAGAUGGGCAGACUUAUUCAGAUCUGCCAACAAGUGGAGGUAACCACUGCAAUACAAGAGAACAAACUGAAAGAGGAAUGCGACGAGCUGAUGGACAUUAUCAGACAAAGGAAGCAGAUCAUUGCAGUGAAAAUAAAAGAAGGAAAGGUUAUGAAGUUGAGGAAACUAGCACAGCAAAUAGCAAACUGCCGACAGUGCUUGGAGCGGUCAGGGUCUCUCAUCAGUCAAGCAGAACAAAGCCUCAAGGAAAACGAUCAUGCGCGUUUCUUGCAAACAGCAAAAAAUGUGACAGAAAGGGUUGCCAUGGCUACAGCAUCGUCUCAAGUUCUAAUCCCAGAUAUUAAUUUGAAUGAAGCCUUUGAACAUUUUACCCUGGAUUUUGCGAGAGAGAAAAAAAUACUCGAAAGUCUUGACUAUCUGACAGCCCCAAAUCCUCCAGGCAUUCGUGAAGAGCUUUGCACAGCAUCACACGAUACUAUUACUGUUCAUUGGACUUCUGAAGAUGAAUUCAACAUCGUCUCUUAUGAGCUUCAGUAUACAAUCUUCACAGGACAAGCAAACUUUAUCAGUUUAUACAAUUCUGUUGAUAGCUGGAUGAUUGUUCCUAAUAUCAAGCAAAACCAUUACACAGUGCAUGGACUUCAGACCGGAACCAGAUAUAUCUUUGUGGUGAAGGCAAUCAACCAGGCAGGCAGUCGCAUCAGUGAACCCGCUCGACUGAAAACCAAUAGUCAACCCUUCAAAUUGGACCCCAAAACUGCUCACAAGAAACUAAAGCUGUCCAAUGAUGGCCUUGCCAUGGAACGGGAUGAAAAUUCCAUGAAGAAGAGUCACACCCCUGAAAGAUUCAGCAGCCAGGGCAGUUAUGGUGCAAUGGGGAAUGUCUUCAUAGACAGCGGUUGCCAUUACUGGGAGGUUCUACUUGGAGGAUGCACAUGGUAUUCUAUUGGCAUUUCAUACAAGUCAGCCCCGAAAAACGAAUGGAAUGGAAAGAAUUCUUCGUCGUGGGUAUUCUACCGAUGCAAUAACAAUUUUGCAGUCAGACACAGUGGCAAAGAGAUGUCAGUGGAUGCCAGCCAUCAGCUGCGCAGGCUUGGCAUCCUACUGGACUAUGAUGGGAACACGCUGUCAUUCUAUGAUGCCAUGAACACGCAUCACCUGCAUACUUUCGACAUCUCCUUUGUUCUGCCUGUGUGCCCCACAUUCACGAUCUGGAACAAAUCGCUAAUGAUCUUGACGGGGCUUCCUGUACCAGACCCUUUGGACUGCUUAGAACAGCAGCAGGAGUGCAUUUGUAGACCCCAGGAAUCUCCGUACAUGACAGGUUUAAAAGGCACUCAAUAAAAGGCCAGACUGAAAUAGGGACCCACCCCUCCAUGAUUCCAAAUUCGUCCAAAAAAAAAAAUAGCAGCUAUUGCAGACAGGGCUGGACUAUGCA